GGAUGAUGUAAGAAAAUGGCGGAUGCUGAUGUCCAGAUUUGGAUGUGUCCACUUGACGCAUCGUUUUACUGUGUCCAGAUUAUGUUAUAUAUAGACAAGCGAAGAGCGAGACGAUAUCUCCUUACCGAGAGAGAGAGAGAGAGAGCAGUGAAGCUAUAUCUACUUACCGCUUUCGGUCUUUGGCUGGGGAAUGAAACCCUGGUUAGGGUUUCGUCGCUCUUCUAUGCAAGGAGAAUGAAGCCCUGGUUAGGGUUUCGUCGCUCUUCCUUGCAAGAUUCCCUCGACGACUGUAACUGUUGGUUUUCUGAAAGGGUUGUCGAAGCAUUCGGGCCAAAAGAGAAAAGGCCAAUGGGUUCAUUCUUGAGUUUACCUCAUAGCAAAGCUCGACUACUGCAGCAUCGCAAAUCCUUCGAACUAGAAGACUGUAAGAGGCUAAGGAUGUCAGCCAACUACGGUAGUGGAAACACAAGGUUGAUCCCUUGUUUGCCUGAUGAGAUUUCACUAGAGAUCUUAGCCAGAGUGCCUAGAAUUUGCUAUCUGAACAUGAAGAUGGUUUCUCGAAGAUGGAGAGCAGCUCUCUCUGGUGCUGAAGUUUAUCAGUUAAGAAAAGAACUCGGGAGAACUGAAGAAUGGGUUUACAUAUUGACAAAAGUCGAAGAUGGUAAGCUUGCAUGGCAUGCUUUAGACCCUCGGUCGGGGAGAUGGCAAAGGUUGCCGGCGAUGCCAAACACCCAGAGGGGCUCCUUAGGACUGUGGCCAAGGAUCCUGAUGGAUCCAAGCACCAAAUUUGCUGACAUGGUUAGAAGUUGGCUUGGUACGACGGAUACCUCGAUAAAUAUGCCAUUCUAUGGUUGUGGUGUCGGCACGGUCGACGGAUGUCUCUAUGUGUUAGGUGGACUGUCAAGUUCUUCAGCAAUCAAGUCUGUCUGGAGGUAUGAUCCCUGUGCCAAUUCAUGGCAGGAAUCGAGUCCAAUGACGAUCGGAAGGGCUUUCUGUAAGACGAGCGUGUUGGAUGACAAGCUUUACGUCGUCGGCGGUAUUACGAGGGGCAAGAAAGGUUUAACUUCUUUACGGUCUGCCGAAGUAUAUGAUCCACGGACAGGGUUGUGGGCACCGGUGCCGAGCAUGCUGUUCUCCAAGUUCACCAUGCCUGUUGCGGCGGGAGCGACGACGUACAAGGGCAAGCUGUGCGUGCCUCAGAAUCUAUACUACUAUCCAUUCUACGCCGAUGUCGGCGGCGAGAUGUACGAUCCCAAGACGAACACCUGGGUGGAUAUGCCCGCCGGCAUGGGCAAGGGUUGGCCGGGCAAGCAGGCGGAGACUAGUCUGAGCAUAGGGAGUAAUCUGAGCACGGUGUUGAACGGCGAAUUGUAUGCCUUGGAUCCGUGCGACGCUGCUGCGGAGGGUGCUCAGAUAAAGGUGUACGAUCAGGAAGAUGAUGUAUGGAAAGCGGUGAUGGGAAGAGUUCCCGUCCAUAACUGGAGCAAUUUUGGAGCACCGUAUCUGCUCGUCACUCUCCUCGGGAAGCUCCAUGUGAUCGCCAAAGAAUUCAACAAUGAGACUCGUGUAUUGCGAGCAGAUCCGAAGCAUUCAUGUUCUUCCUACUCCACUUGGUCGUCGUCAUCUUCUGCUGCAACCAUCUUCUCGAGUCGAAAUCCCGACAAAUCACCUGAGACGGAACGCAACCUCUGGGAGGUGAUCGCCGCUAAGAAUUUUGGCACAGCACAAUUUGUCGCUUGCCGAGUGCUUGCUAUUUAAAGGAUAUCAAAACAGUGGUGAUGUGAAAUUAAUCGAGUCGAUCUCUCUCGGAUGGAUGAAUCUAAAUAGUUUAGGAGAAAAGAGAAUCCAUUGUCGUUUCUUCUUCAUACAAACACACACACAAUCAAAAGAAGACGAGUGGGCAUCAUCACAAUGACCCAAAUCAAGCAGAGAAGAGACCAUCAAAGGCGGCCACACCAAACGAGCUUCGUGGUUCCACGGCGGUCUCCACUUCCUUGGAGGAAGAUACCUUCUCCCUGGCCUGCCUUCCGAGAGCCGAACCAGCGAAGGAAGCCAAGGAACUGAAGCACUCCUCUCUCCUCCUCUUCCUCCCAUGGUCUUCUUCCGUCUCCCACCGUUUUCUGCUCCUCUGGAAGUCCUCCGCCACCAGAAGAGCUAUGUCUGCCAUCCCGAUUCUUCGAGGUCUGAUGCUGAUGCUCUAAGCCUCGAUGGGUCUCCUUCGCUUAUAUGAUGUGUAAGAGCUCAUCCCCGUGUCCUCAUUGCCGGUGUUCGGUGCCAUUAUGGAUAAGGCAUGCUUGUCUUUUUCUGCUUUGAUUACUGUUCCCUGUUCGCAGGAUGCUCCUCAUUGGAUUGGUUCUAUCCUUGUUGGUGUCAACAACAGUGGCCACCUGCUACUGUAAGUUGGCUAAAAGCCUACUAACUAAGAAGGCGAGUAGUGAUUUGUUAGCUUCAAAAUUCCUUCCACAUCUUCAAGAAAAAUACCUAAGUUACUUUGGCAGGAAGCUUCACGAGUGGAUCCAAAGCAAGCCAAGAUAAUGUUCCUUAAUCCUUUCAAGUGUGUGGAUUGGGUGGGGAUUUGGAGGACGUCAGAUGUAAUGUGUCUCAUUAACAAAGACCUCCAUUAUCCACUCUAUCCAUCCUGUGAUGGGAAUGUGACGAGACAUCAAUGGCUACAGGGAAGAAGGUGCUCUGUUUCUGGUCUUCGAUAUGCUCGUCGCUCGGUAAAGUUCAUGGUAUGUUGCCGCCUGAGCCACAUGGGUUGUGCAUUGCCUGAUAGCUACACAAUCUUUUGGAAGCAUGUAGCCAUGAGAGCUUGUCAUCUUUAAAUGAAACUGGAACUGCAGAUCACAUGGGAAGACAGAGGAACAAUGCAUAUGAUGGCCAUUCACAACACCUAAUUCUAAGCAUCAUCAAGUUUCCUUCGGCAUGUCCAUCCAAUGUAAAGCUCAACUGGGCAAUUACAUUCUCUCUCUACUUUGAGACCUGACAUCCAACCUAAUCUGAUGGUUCUAUGUUAUAGCAUAUCAUUUAGCCCCUUGUGUAAUAGAUAGAUCCUUUCCUUC